AAGCGCUGCGGCCAUCUUGUCGAACCCAGUCGGAAACCAACUGCCGAGCAGUGAGGGACGGUGAAUGAGAAGACUAGAUGUGUUAGCCGAAGGAUUUUUAAUGCGCUUCCGAGCCCUAUUACCGCUACGUGCGAGAGGCUGUGCGAUAGCGACGACGGAGCGACUAUCAUCGCGGGAUUUUCACGUUCGGAAAGCCCCGUUACAUCCGAUUAAAAACCUUCUGAGGAUUGGUCAAGGGGUGUAGCAGCAGCAGCAGCGGCAGCAGCAGCGGCAGCAGCAGCAGCAGCAGCAGCAGCAGCAGAAAAUAGAGCGUUUCGGUUUUGAACAAGUUUUCGGCGAAAAAGGGUUAUACUUUGUAAGGUAACACCUUCUCGUCGUCAACAACGAAAAACUAAAGAGAGGAAGGGAGAGAGAGAGAGAGAGAGAAAGAAAAAGAGAGAGAAGCUUAGCUUGCUUAAUCGUUGAUCAUUUGAUUUAGAGAAGAGACAAAAGAGAAGUCAAAGUCUGUGAUAGUAUUUAUUCAAAGGAUUUCGAAUAUACAUUUAUCAACAGCGACAGCGACAGCAACAGCGACAGCGACAGCAACAGCGACAGCGACAGCAUAAAAUCCAUCGGUCGACGGUAUAUAAAUUGCGCGCGCGUCGAAUCCAAGCGAAGGAUUUAGUAGAUAGGCUUUAUAUAUUUAUUUAUAUCUGUGAUAUCUACACUGAUAUACAACUCGAUCUGUUAACUCUAACGACGUAUCCUUCUUUGAUGAAGACAAGUGGGAAAGGAUAUCAUAGAUAUCGUAAGACGUCGCGUGUUAACACGCACGAAGAAAAAGAAGAAGAAGAAGAAGAGAUUUUCACACGAUAUUUCAUUUAGGGGAUCGUCGUAGGGAGGAAAAAGAGAGAUUAUAUCAGUAUCUUAGCAGAUAGGCGUUUUUGUAUAUACGACUGACUCUUUUUUACGAUUAUUAAUAUUGGUGCGAAAUCGCCAAAAGAGAGAAAGAGAAGCAGAAAGAAGUAGAAGUAGUAGAAAUAGUAGAAGAAAAAAAAGAAGAGGAAGCAGAGGAAGAAAAGGAGGAGACAAAAGUGAGAAAUCGAGUUUUGCUUGCGCUGUGAUCGAAAGUACACGUACGUGAGCGAAAAUGGUGGAGAGAAUUGUCGAAGAACGCAGAAGCAGCUUUCAAGGGAAUCGACAAGGUGAUGGAACUUGCAGAGACGUUGCUACGACGGGAGAAUCAAUGAGUGCUGUGCAAGCUCGUCAGGAAGAGGCAAGACGCAAAAGACGCAGGAAGAAACGUUCUGGAUCCUCAUUAGUUUCUACUUGUUUUCAAGAUCUGUACAGGUUGACAGGAGAAGUUCUUGGAGAAGGAGCCUAUGCAUCGGUACAAUCGUGUACGUCCUUGUACACAGAUUUGGAAUAUGCCGUAAAGAUCAUCGAUAAGAUUCCUGGACAUGCGCGUGCUAGAGUUUUCAAGGAAGUCGAGACAUUCCACCAUUGCCAGGGGCAUCCUAAUAUUAUACAGUUGAUCGAGUUUUUCGAAGACGAAGAAAAGUUCUAUCUUGUUUUUGAAAAAAUCAAUGGUGGUCAACUAUUGAAUAGGAUUCAAGAGAGGGUGCAUUUCAGCGAGAGAGAAGCAAGUUACAUCGUCAGAGAGAUUGCUAGUGCAUUAGAUUUCCUUCACAGCAAGGGAAUUGCGCAUAGGGAUCUAAAACCUGAAAACAUUUUAUGCGUAUAUCCGGACAAAUUAAUACCGAUUAAAGUAUGCGAUUUUGACUUGGGUUCUGGUAUAAAGUUCAACAACUCGCUCUCCAGUCCCGUAGCAACGCCACAAUUAUUGACGCCCGUUGGAAGCGCAGAAUUUAUGGCUCCCGAAGUAGUCGAGGCUUUUAUCGGCGAAAACAAUUCUUACGACAAACGUUGCGACUUAUGGAGUCUUGGGGUGAUAAUGUAUAUUUUAUUAUGUGGCUAUCCACCAUUCUAUGGUAACUGUAAUACAGAUUGUGGCUGGCAGAGAGGAGAAAAUUGUCAAGCUUGUCAGGAGUUAUUAUUUACCAGUAUUCAAGAAGGAAGGUAUGAAUUUCCUGACAAAGAAUGGAGACAUAUAUCCGAGGACGCCAAGGAUUUAAUUAGAAGCUUGCUAGUAAAGGAGGCUUACCGAAGGCUCGGUGCAAAAGAUAUUCUUAAACAUCCCUGGAUUGAUCCUGGGCCAUUAUCGGUUGAUAAUAGCGAACAAUCUCUUAUCACGCCUCAUAUCAUUAGAAGAAAUAAUUCUGCUCGAGAGCUCUCAGCAUUCGCUGAGUCGGCAAUGGCUGUGAAUCGCGUGGUACUUCAACACUUUUCCAUUAACUUGGAAGAAUUGACGGAGAACAGGGAACCAAGACUGUCUACGUCAUCAACGGAUGAUGACAAUCAUCCUUACGGUCACAUGUCCGAUUCCAACAGUGAAUUAUCGGAGAACAGCAGCAACAAACACGCAACACAUUCUUCCAGCGAAUUCGACAAUAGUUCGCGUCAAAAAUCUGGUUCAAUUAAUUCCAGCAUCGAUUUAAAUGAAUCUAAAAUAAUCGGUAAAGAUCGAAUAAUAGGUAAAGAUUCGUUUCAAAUUUUUGGUCUUUCACCUCCUAGCGAGAGUAAGUUAAUGCAACGUCGUAUCAAAGCACGUUCAAGUUUGAUCGAAUGUCAGAAUAACAAUCCUGUUAUCGCGUCUCCAAGUGGCUGAAAUUUCAUGAUUUUAAUAAGAAGAGUAAGAAAGAAAGAAAGAAA